AUGGUAAUCGCGUCGGGAUCUGUGGUUGGGGGCCAGCCGGCGAGGGUAAUAGGUGAUGUAGGGGAGGGGUGGGGUGUUAGUGGAGGUGGCGGUGGUGGAUUGGGUGUUGGCGGUGGUGGCGAGGAGAAGUGGGUAGAAGGUGGAGAUCUGAGGGAGCUGGUCAGGAGUAUUAGAUGA